AUGUUACUGAGCGGAGCUCCUCCCGCGGGCUCGGGCCCGGGGCCGCGGGGAGCGCAGGGGGGGGCGGGGGGCGGCCCAGGGGGGGCCCGCCGGGGCGCUGGGGGAGCGGGGGCCGGCCCCGGGGGGAGCGGCGGCGGUGGUGGCGGGGGUGUGGCCAAGUGGCUCCGGGAGCACCUGGGUUUCCGCGGGGGGAGCGGCGGCGGCGGGGGUACCAAGCCCGCACCCCCAGAGCCGGACUACCGGCCCCCAGCUCCCGCUCCCGCCUCGCCCCCCGCGCCGCCCCCCGACAUCCUGGCCGCCUACCGACUGCAGCGUGAGCGCGACUUCGAAGACCCCUACUCUGGGGGGCCGUCGGGCCCCGCCACCCCAGCGGCCCCAGCCGCCCCCGGCCCCACGCCACCUCCGCGCCACGGCUCACCCCCACACCGCCUGAUCCGGGUCGAGACCCCCGGGCCCCCGGCGCCUCCGCCGGAGGAGCGAGUCCCGGCCGGCGGGGACCGGCUGGCAAUCCUAGAGGACUAUGCUGACCCUUUUGAUGCCCAAGAAACAGGUGAGGGCACGGUGGCGCCAGCAGGGCCGCCAGAGAAGAUACCAGAGAAUGAUGGCUACAUGGAGCCCUAUGAGGCUCAGAAGAUGAUGGCUGAGAUCCGAGGCUCCAAGGAAGCAGCUGCCAAGCCCCUACCCCUGUAUGACACCCCCUAUGAACCAGUGGAGGAAGGGCUCACCCCUGACAGUGAGGGGGCUGGUCGGCCCCGGGAGUCCCGUCUACCUGAGGAUGAUGAGAGACCCCCUGAGGAGUAUGACCAGCCUUGGGAGUGGAAGAAGGAGAGAAUCUCCAAGGCCUUUGCCGUUGACAUUAAGGUCAUCAAAGACCUACCAUGGCCACCGCCUGUGGGACAGCUGGACAGCAGCCCUUCCCUCCCUGAUGGGGAUGGGGACAUCUCUGCUCCGGUCUCACCCCUCCUCCCUGAGCCCAGCCUGGAAGACAGCAGUGCCCAGUUUGAAGGGUCCGAGAACUGCUUGUCACCCAGCAGGGAAGAGAAGGGUCGGCCCCUUCCUCGGCUUCCCGGAGGGAACUCUAAGGCGAUGAAGCCCCUGAGCAUUGAGCCCAGCAGUCCCCUGGGGGAGUGGACAGACCCCGCCCUGCCUCUGGAAAACCAGGUUUGGUACCAUGGGGCCAUCAGCCGAACAGAUGCCGAGAACCUGCUGAGGCUAUGCAAGGAAGCCAGCUACUUGGUGCGAAACAGUGAGACCAGCAAGAAUGACUUCUCCCUCUCCCUCAAGAGCAGCCAGGGCUUCAUGCACAUGAAACUGUCUCGGACCAAGGAGCACAAGUAUGUGCUGGGCCAGAACAGCCCGCCCUUCAGCAGCGUCCCAGAGAUCGUACACCACUACGCCAGCCGGAAGCUGCCCAUCAAGGGGGCCGAGCACAUGUCUCUUCUCUACCCGGUGGCCAUCCGAACUCUGUAGGGCUGGAGGCAUCAGAGACCCAGAGCUGAAAAGCAGCCUCCACCUAGGAUUCUUUCAGGCCUUCUGGCCCCCCUCCAACCAGCGGUUGAACUAUAUAGCUUCUUCCUGGGAGAGAAAUAUUGACCAGAACCUAGGCGGCCCCUCGGGACCCAUUUCUCUUCCCCUUGUCCCCCUCCCAUUCCAUCCCCCCCCCAGGCUGAGAUGAAAGCUUCUUUAAUUUAUUCUAAAAGGGAAAGUCAGUCGGGUUUUGCGGGUAGGGGUAAUGCCCCAGAGAGGAGUCAAAUGCCUUGGGGUAAUGAGUAGUUGGGGGUAGGCCAUCCUUUUUGAGGUCCCCUGGAGCUCGAAGCGCCUCCACCUCUUGCUGCCAGGCUAGUUUUGGUCUGAGUUCAGGGGUGACUGGGCCUCCGUGGCACCUUCGUAAGGUUUCAGGAGGUCCGGGAUGCACAACUACCCGACCUUUUCCAAGACUCGAACACGAAUGACAUGGAAGGCUUCAACCCUCAGCCCUGGUGCCUGCUGAGCUCCCAGGCGUUUGGGGGUCUGUUGGAGGGUGGGCGUGGAGCAGGCUUCCAGACCAAGUGGCCAUGUCAUUUUGCCUCAGCGCUCCGUCCCCAAACUAAAGAAGUCCCUUGCUGGGUUUCUGAGGGUGGGGAAAAGAAAACAAAUUGGGGAGAUGGUGUUUAGUGAUGCCUCGCUUUGGGGAUAGGGGAAAUGGAGAGGAUCCGAGCGGGGACCGAGGGAGCCAGCUCUGUGGGUUUGUCCCCCUUGGCUCAGCGCCAGCACCAUUAACUUAGCCCUAUCUCCCCACACACCCCCACUGGCAUCGCGCGCAUCUGCCCCCCCCCUCCCCAGGAUGAGGACUCUCGGGGAGAAGAGAUACUGCGCUGGGGGUGGGAGGGGAUCCGCAAGCAGCGAAGCGCGAACAGAUUCUGUUGAUAAAUCAGUUUCGGAGCCGACACUGAACGGCUGUGAAAAGCA